CAAGUGUUGGCACCAUUUAUUCCAUGGCAUCUACAGAAAACGUAACCAGAGAGAGAGAGAGGCUUCAGAGAUCGUUUCCCUGAUCAGUCACUCUUCUCGUUCUUCGCCAGUCCAGAGUGGCUUCAGAGAUCAAAUUCAUGAUUUUCAGAACUCUAAAUGUUUCGUUUUUGAUUAGUUUUCUCUCGUUUAAACCCCAAUUCUACGAAUUUCCCAGAUUUUUUCUACGAAAAAACCCUAGAAAAACCGUUUGAGAAGAAUUAAUGGCGUGUUUAGCCUUAUCGCUUCAACCUGCAAAUGGAUCUACAAUUCUCUUACAAACUCGAGAAUGGUUUCCACCAGCGAGAGCAUUAGCAGCAGUUUCAGGUUUUCAACAAACUUGCAUGGCUUUUGCUGCAGCAGCAGGUAAACAAAAUAAAAACUUAACUAGUGGAGAAGACAUUAUCGUUAGUAAUGAUGAUACAUCGUUAGGUGAUGAUCCAUUAGCUGCAUCUAGUGGGCAAUUAAUCGUUGGUACCGAAAGUAAAUACCGUGUUGUUUAUCGUCUUGUCAAUGGAAUUUAUGUUCUUGGUAUUACUACAGUUGAUCAUGAUAAUUCUGUUAAUAACAAUGUGUUUGAAUGUAUCGGUAUUGUGAAUCAAGCUGUUAGUGUCAUUGUUGCUGCUUGUCGCGGAGUUGAUGUUACUCGCGAGAAAAUUAAUAAGAAAUAUGCUGAGAUUUAUAUGGCGAUGGAUAUUGUUUUGAAAGGUGUUAGUGGUGCUAGACUUGCUGCAUUGUUAGGAUCGAUGCGUGGUGGUGAUGGUAUUGCAAAGAUGAUGGUGCAUUCGGGGAUUGAUGCCGAGAAUCGAAUUAGAGGGGGUGAGAAUUGGAGUGAUUUUGAGUAUCUUUCGGUAGAACAUGAAACGAAUGUUGAUUUGUUUUUGAAUGUUAUGUUUGAAUUGCCUCCCGAAACUUUGGCUGCUGGUGAUGAAGUGGCGAGGGCUUUAAUACCUUUAUCAGUUCGAGCAGAAAAAGAAGAGUUAGUGCAGGAAAAGAAACCAGAGGGAGGAUCUGAAACAGAGAAGGAUCCUUUUGCUGCUAGUGAUGUGAUUGGUAAACCCGAGGAACUGGUGGGUGGAUUUGUGAAAAGUAAGGAGGCGUCUUCGGCUUCUGAUUUAAGUGCACUGACGGGGCUGGAUUUAACCACUCUUCCACCUGCUGAAGCUACACAAUCGACACAUAUUGUCGUCGAAGGGUUUGAAGGGAAUUAUGGUGGUGUUGAAUACAGUAAUCAAGAGGAAACUGUUUCGGAAGCUUUUGAAGGGUUUCAUGGAAGUGCUUUUGAUGGUGGAAUGGACGCAUCAGAGUUUGUUGACCAGAAGAAAAUUUCUGAGAACAAGGACAUGGGGGGUUUGGAACUCCUAAAUUCAGUAGGGGAUGUUGUGGCAACUCCAGUACCGAGUGGAACUGGUGAAACUCUUGAAAACCUCCUGGUGAAGAAGACUGAAAUGAAAGGGCCUGAGAUGUAUAUUUCUGAAGAAAUCAAUGUGGAAUUUAGGGAAUCUAUUCUUGCUAGGGUAAGUUUGUUGGGUACAGUCUUUUUGAAAACUUUACCGCCCAAAAUCAUGGGUGAUAAAGAAUGUGAAUUCUCCUUCUGCGUUGAGGGUACUUCAGGGGUUAAAAGAUUUGUUAUGCAAAAUUCUCUUGUCAGUAGUCUGGGAAACGGGUUGUUCCAUUUAAGGGGAAAAUCGUCUGAGGAGCCUGUUCCAGUUCUGAAAUAUAGUCUUCUGCCUCGUUUGACGCCAUUGCCAUUGAGGGUCCGUAUGGUUACGCGGCACAGUGGAACUUUAUUAUCUGUGAUGAUUCAAUAUGUUUCAAACCCGGACUUGCCAGCACCCUUGAACGAUGUUACGUUUGUUUUAAAACUACCAGUUGACCCGACAUUGUUGAUGGUAUUUCCAAAAGCCGCUUUGAACAGAUCUGGGAAAGAGUUGAGUUGGCACAUACAGGAGAUUCCUUUGAACGGUCCACCUGGUGUUUUGCGUGUUAGAAUGCCUGUUGAUAUAAAUGAACAAGAUUCUGUUGAAGAAAUUGAGGUUUUUGGGUACGUGAAAUUUUCUGUGCAGGGAACUAGAUCGUUGUCUGGAGUUUCUUUGCAGCCAGCUACGGAUGGUAAGACAGACUUUUAUGAAGCUAAUCACAGGUUUGCAACUGGCGUUUAUAUGUGCAAUUAGAUUAUGUCCCUAGAAGCUUAAUCUUUUCAUGGACAGCAUAGACAAAUAAAGAUGUGAAGUUACUUAUAUUAAGAACACUAUAUAAAGUUUAAUCUAGUUGAUAAUGAUACAUAGGAUGAAAAAUGUGUUGUCUCUGCUCUUUCAGCCCAUUCCUGCCACAUGUGAAAUUGAAUCUAUGUCACCAUUUAUGCUUUAGAGGACUGAUAAAGAUGUCAGACGUGUAUUUCAAAAAGUUGUUUAAUUUCAAGCUGAAUUAGACUAUUU